AUGGCUGGUCUGGGCUCAAGCUGUUUUUGGCCGAGGCCCCCUCCCCUCGAUCGCAGGACCUGCCCGCCGUGCCUCUCAGCCUGGACGGCGCCACCCGCGCGCCAGGCCGGCUCCAUGCGCGCCGCCGCGCGAGCUGGCUCGCGCGGCAGCGUGCAUCGAGCUGGCUUCGUAUGCCCCGGUUGGCCUCGUCCAGGGCGCGGGGAUGCCGCUCGCCCGCCGCCCCCCGCUGCUCGCCGCAGGGCCCCUGCUGCUCGCGGGCGCCUCCGGCGCCGAGGUCGUCCUGCUGCAGUCGGGGGCCGUGGGCCGCGUGGGCGCAGCGGCGGCGGCCUCGCAGCGGGCCGGUGCGGCCGGCGCCGGCGCCGCCGCUCCGGCGCCGCCGUUCCCGAUCGCGAUCCGGAGAACGCGCUGCCCUCCAGCACAGCGGCCAACCCAUGCGUGGAGCGUGGGGGGAACUCGCUGACGAUCUCCACGCCGUCCGGCGAGCAGGUGCUGAUCCCGCCCGGGGCCAGCGCGACCCUCGUCGACGACUGGGCGAGCUCGGGCGGCGUGGGCGUUCAGAUCAACAACUGGUACUGGUCCUUCUCCAGGCCAGCCGUGAGCGCCGUGGUCUCCAGCCCGGGCCCAAAGAACCCCGACAACGCGGGCGUGACCGUCCGGCUCGGCGCAGACUGCGUGGCGGAGGCGCUCGAGGCCCCCCCGCAGUGCUGCGGAGUCAGGACGGACUUCGUGUCCAACGUCACGGUGGGCUGGAACGCGGAGCGCAGGUGCGAGGUGACCGUUGCGGCGAACGAGUGGACGAACGCAGUGACACCUGGCUGUUGCAGCUACGGCGCAGCGGGGUCCGGCUCGGCCUGCUCCGAGGUGCCGACUUUGAGCGCCGGGCUGAGGACGGCCACUGGGCAGGUCUCCUGGCCUCCACGCUGGCUCGCUGUCGCGCCAGGCUGGCCGGGUGCCACGCCGGUCCCAUCCUGGGGGGCCGCGCCACCCCCUUCGCAGGCGACGCACACGCCAGCGCCCGCGCCAGUCCCGACUGCGCCCUGCCACACGGCCGCGCCAGGGGAGGAGUGCCACGUGCUACGCCAUGUGGCGUGGGCGAAGCAGGAUGGGAUCCGUGACCAUCCCGAGUGGUAUCCCAACUUAUCUCUCGAGUCGUCGUUCGAGGAUUUCCAGAACCUUCUGUGGCUCAACGGGCUCCACGAGUGUCAGAGGCCGUGCGCUUCUUGCCACACGGCCGCGCCAGGGGAGGAGUGCUACGGCCAUGUGGCGUGGGCGAAGCAGGAGGGGAUCCGUGACGACCCCGAGUGGUAUCCCAACUUAUCUCUCGAGUCGUCGUUCGAGGAUUUCCAGAACCUUCUGUGGCUCAACGGGCUCCACGAGUGUCAGAGGCCGUGCGCUUCUUGCCACACGGCCGCGCCUGGGGAGGAGUGCUACGGCCAUGUCGCGUGGGCGAAGCAGGAUGGGAUCCGUGACGACCCCGAGUGGUAUCCCAACUUAUCUCCCGAGUCGUCGUUCGAGGAUUUCCAAGAACAUCUGUGGACCAAUGGGCUCCACGAGUGUCCGAGGCCCUGC